AGCUUCUUUGCUAUCGAUUCUGUGUUUGUAAACAAAUUAUUGCUAUUUGUUCUUGUUUUAGUGUUUCCUUGAAAUAAUGAGCUCACAGUCUCAAAUAUUUCCAAUAAAUUUACAAAAUCUUACGGACAAGGAACGGCACAAAUUUAUUCUUAAUCACUAUGUCCUCGCUACUCAGGCUGACAAUGAAUCCCGUAAACACAAACGAGAUAUAGAUGUUAUACGGGAAAAUCAUCGAUUCCUGUGGGAGGACGACAAUUUAGACUCCAGUUCUUUAAGCUGGGAGCAACGUCUGGCUCUACGCUACUAUAAAAAAUUAUUCAAAGAAUACUGCAUAGCUGAUUUGACACGUUAUAAGGAUAAUAAAAUCGCCCUACGAUGGCGUACAGAGCAAGAAGUUGUUACCGGGAUUGGUCAAUUCCAGUGUGGGAGUAGGCAUUGCACUGAAAAAGAUGACUUGCGCACCUGGGAGGUUAAUUUUAAAUACAUUGAGCAUGGAGCUCCUCAGAAUGCACUGGUUAAGAUCCGUCUGUGUCCAGAACAUACACAGCAAUUAAACUAUCGUACAAAGAAAAGGGAAGUUAAAAGACAAAAACGUAGAGCCAAAGAGGAACGUAAAACAGGUAGAAAGCAAAAAAGGCGAAAAGUUAAAGAUCAAGAGGAGCCAUCAACUAAUGAGAAUAGCGACGAUGAAGAAGGCCAAGACCCACAAGAAGAUGCAGAGAAAGACGAAAGCCAAAACGAAUCAUCUGCAAAAUCACACGAACAAUCUGCAGAUGAUCAAAUUUGGUUGAAACAGGCCGAUCUCAGUCAGGAACAACCAUCUAGAGAACAAGAAUUUGAACGCUAUUUGGAGGAUUUACUUCUGUAAAUAAUUAAAAGAAUUACAUUUAAAAAUAAAUGGAAUACAAUUUUCAUACGUGUAUCAUAA